UUUCUGAUUGAUAUUCCGGAUAAAUUGUGUCGUGCGUUAAAUUUUAUAAAAUUUAAAGUAAAAAAAAAAAUAUCCGUGUUAUAAAUUCUUAUCGACUGAGCACGUUUAUAUUCUAUGAAGUACUCACGUCGAGACGGAUCUAGUUGAUUUUAAUAAUAACACGCCGAGCCGGGGUGGGGAGGGAGAGAAAUCGUUAUGUUGCUACCGAGGCCGCCUCUUUCUCUUAGCCCGUUAACGCACUUCCGCCGUCAGCCAUCAUGCCAGUAGCCAACAGGCAGUGCUCCGCGAAGGGUUUCCAGUAUUUUCACACCCCCAAUGGGUGUAUGCCCGCGUUCGGCGUGUGUUCACCCACGUUCUAACCCCCGGGAUUGUCCUGUACCCCAGCAUGUAACCUCUGCCUUAUUCCGUUGGACGCCUGGCGUUUCCUCCCUCGGCACCACGAUGACGCUGGACACCCGUCUGUGUCUCGAGUUCUUCCACCGGGUCCUAGUCUACACUCACCCACGGGCCUCCAUGGCGUGGGGGUGAGGCCGUGAUGCGACUGUGUUCUAUCAUCAAGUCCGGAUACUCUACUCACUGAUUCCGUUGGUGUUGUUUUUUUUUUCACUGUAACAUGGGCAAGAAAAUUCAAUGCAUCGGCAAGUACGCUCUUGAAGGUCAUCUUCUGGGUAAAGGCAGUUUCGCCAGAGUAGAGCUGGCGCAUCAUUCGGUCACAGGGUGCAAGGUUGCAAUAAAAAUAAUCGACACCCGCAAGUUGAAGGAAGAGUAUCAGAAAAACAAUUUGCAGAGGGAGUCUCGGAUACUGGGUCAGUUACGUCACCCAAACAUCGUCAGGCUAUAUGAAACACUUAAGGCAACUACUUUACACUGUCUUGUAAUGGAGUACGCAUCAGGAGGAGAGCUGCAGGCUUUCAUCAAACUGCAGAAGGAUUUCCGCCUGUCGGAGGAGAGGGGUCGCCCUUACAUCCGGCAGUUGGUGUCGGCGCUGCAUUACCUGCAUGAGAGGGGGGUCGCGCAUAG